CAUGUUUUUCAAGCUCCCGCCGUUCUUGUCUGCAUGUUUUCAAGCUCUCGCUAUUGUUGCAUGCGUCGGUGUGCUUCUCGCCAACACUCGUGCUGUGCACGUCUCUGUGACGCAUAAUUCACCGCCACUUCGCACGCUGCUUUCGACCCCCGCCCAAUUCGCGGCCCGGGGUGCCCACGCAGUGGGUGCCCCUUACUCGGAAUGUGGACAGACCCUUCAAACCCUGAUGACAGACACAGGAGAAGGGUGUUAGGUUUUGAAACCCUAUCACCCCACAGCGCACAGCCCGCAGGAUGAGGCGUCAACCGACACAUCUGAUUCAUUACCUUUCAUCAUUGCCGUGCUCAGUGAUUCAUCGCGACAGCUACGGAGUGGUUCGGUGACUGUCCGCUUGCCUCGCCCUCUCAUUUUGCUCUGUCAUCCGCAGGUCAGCAGCGUCGCAAACACACACAAGGCAGAUAUCGCACACGUACACUUCCUCCUGUGUCUGGCCAUGCAGGCCGCGUUCCUUUGUGGACUGCACCCACUUGGACAAGCUUACAGUAGCAGCUUUUGUCGCAGUUUUGUCGCGGAGAAGAACGCCAAGUCGGACGCGUGAAGCCAUUUAAUAGGUGGCAACUAUGACGAAGGGAAUGGCAUCUCGUCACACGCUUCCCACCGCCUGUCGAUGUGUGUGAUUCAUUCAUUGCAGCUCGCUCGUGUGUGAGUUGUCGUUGGCGGAAGGCUGCGUCCGUUGUCAACAGUGCAUCUCGCCUGACGGACGGACGGUCUUGCUUUCCGUGCUGCCUGGCUGCAUCGUCUCGUCCACACUCAGCACAUAACAUGGGAGGUGCGUUGGCCGGACGACACACAGUAUACCGUGCGGUUCACGCGGCGGCUGCUCGCCUUCCGUCUGUGUCUGUUCGUUCUCAGGAUUGUUGUCUCACUGUCGGCCCCUCGAGCCGCCAGCUAUUAGCACGCUGGGUUUCCUGGAUAUCUAUCCCAGUCGAAGCACGAAAGAUGCCGCCACUCGAGAGCUCGUCGACGGCCUCAGGAACGGCACACUGACUCUGGAGAGGGCCACUCAGUUGUUGAAAGGAGGAGCCGACGCCACAAAGAUCAUUGCGAGCGGUGUGGUUGCGGAAGGCUUCUACGACCUCCACGGGAGGGACUACAGCCUCGUGCAGCUGGCGAUCGAGCACCAUCGGACGGCUGACAGUCUGGACAUCAUCCGGCUGCUUCUUGACCGAGGCGCUGACAUCAACUUCAAAGGGUACCUCUUCGGCCCCCCUGUCGAGCUCGCCGUUCAGCGUGGCCGCUAUGACGUCGCCCACAUGCUGCUGGAUGACCCCAAAGUCGACAUCAAGGCUGCGGGCCCGCUGCUGUGGCGCGUGGCAUCCGACGCCCGUGACGGCAGUGUGUCGUCAGCCGAGAAGCUCAGGAUGGCCAAGAGGUUGGUGCGAAUGGGCGGGAGGGCCGCCAUCUUGUUCAACACUCCCCCGUAUGAGCUUCCUCACAGAGACUGCCAGCAUCCCACGGCCUUGCACAGCUUCUGUGCCCACCCCCUUGACCACCUUCCUGCACAGCUGCACCUCAUGGCGUACCUCAUCCACAAGGCCGGCCGUUACAUCGUCCGUAUUGCAGAGCCAUCCACCGAUCGCACCCCCCUCUCGUAUGCGGCUCGGGCAGACUUCACUGAUCCGUCUGCGCUUCGGCUGCUGCUGCGCAACGGAGCGUCGCUGAGGGGCGUCUGGCCGGCAUCCGAACAUUCAUCGAGGCGCUUCAGUGGGGUGGAACUGCUGGCAAAAUGGAAGCGGGCGCGGCUGCGAGACGCUUACUGUGAUUAUCUGCGCUAUGACCUGCCGGUGCAGGUCAGCAUCGCCGUCAAGACCGCCCUCCUGCCCGCACGCGCACUGACGAGGACGGCACUGCCCGAUGGCGUCAUUGAGAGCAUCGAGGCGCUCAUCGACGAGGACGGCGCGGGCGGCCCACCUGCUGUCUCUCUUCACCUUGACAUCAUCGGCGAGGACCCCUUCGGCAGCCGCAUCAAUGAGCUGGCGAACAGCUACCUGUCGACGGCCUACCGCAACAUCCGGGGGACCGCGAAUAACAAAGGUGUCAGCAGCAAGGAGUGGAUGCGGCAUCGGUACGAUGUCCUGAUGCGGCGAGUGCGCGAGGCAGCAAAGGAGGAAGAGCGCCGAUUCGGUCCUAUGAAAUCAGCCCCAUUGGUGCUGAGAAACAGAGAGAAAUGAGGUGUGAGCUGCGAGAUGGGGCAUCCAUCAGGGCUGCUCUACAUCAGACGCGCCAUUGUGGUGUGCUGACUGAGGGCCAGCAACAACAGGUGACGAGUACGUCGAUUGGCGCUCGUGGUAAAGCAAUCUGCUGGAGAAUGCAUUGCUCACAGCGCAGCGGUGCGUAUGGGUGUCAUAGAUGCGACAAAGAUGCGACAUGCCAGACAACCAGUCUUGAUGCACUUGGCCGAUAGUUGCUGGCUGUUGUCUGGCUUCACUGCAGUACUGUCGUUGUUUCUACUCGUGUGACAGACGGACGGGACGUCUAAAUGGAUAAUGGUG